GCAGCCCGAAGAUCCCAACACCGCCGCAUGUUUCUGCAACAAUUACCGAGUAAAGCACAGCCGUUUUUAGUCGCAAACUUACGGAAAAACCGCAUCAUGUUAGUUUAUUGAAAAAUCGCGUAAAGUACGCACAGAAGAGCGCACGUCUUGGAGAAGAUGGAUUGUACGAAAAAGUUAGACGCGACUUCUACUCCGCUCUGAAUCACUCUCCGGGAUACAGGGACUGGUAAUGCCGGGUAAACUGUUCCCAAACUUUUCCUAACUCGGUUCAUGGAGUUUCGCGUCAAGUCCGGAGAGGCUUGUUUUCGCGUUUUGCGUUCAAUGCUGGUGCCAGUUCACUCCUAAUUUACGGGAAAACGACUCCAGGCAAAAGUUUUCCUCGGACACAGACACACACACAUACACACACAUACACACAAGAAAAAAAAAAGACUUGAGUGGAAGAUCUUCGGGUUGGGAUCGGAACCAGACGCCAGUGAAGAUCAGGUCGGAGAUUUGAAGAGCAACAUGGAGACUUCAGCUCCAACAGCCACUGAGAAGAAGGAGUGUAAAGGUUCGGGUCUGGAUGGAAGCAGCUUCUCCGAACUCCCAAAGAAACCAUCACCCACCACCCUGACCAGAGGUGCUCAUCACCUCUUCCCCACGUUCCACACACCUAUCCCAAUAGACAUGAGACACCAUGAGGGUCGGUACCAUUAUGAGCCACACCCACUCCACGCUAUGCAUGGACCUCCAGGACUGACGGGCAGCCCGGUUAUCUCCGAUAUUUCCCUGAUCCGUCUCUCACCGCACGCAGCAGCCGGGACCGGCGAGUCACCGUUCAGCCCUCCACACCCGUACGUCAGCCCCCACAUGGAGCACUAUCUGCGCUCGGUGCACGGAAGCCCCACCCUCUCCAUGAUCUCAGCUGCCCGAGGUCUGAGCCCGGCUGAAGUGACCCACGAACACUUAAAGGACCGUGCCCUGUUCAGCCUCCCCCCACCACCUCCAGGGGCGAACCCCAGCGAGUACUACCACCUCAUGGCCAGUGCCAGCCAACGUAGCCCAUACGGCGACCUGCUGAUGCAGAGCGGAGCGGCGGCGGCUGCAGCGGCGGCAGCUGCAGCUCAUCUACCUGACUACAUCAGCCCAGUGGAUGUAUCGCGUUUCUCGAGCCCACGGCUGACACCCCGACUGAGCAGAAAGAGAGCUCUGUCCAUCUCCCCGCUGUCAGAUGCCAGUAUUGACCUGCAGACCAUGAUCCGGACUUCACCAAACUCUUUAGUGGCCUACAUCAACAACUCCCGCUCCAGUUCGGCCGCCAGCAGCUCCUAUGGGCACCUGUCAGUUGGAGGACUCAGCCCUUCAUUCAGCUUCCCUCACCCCAUCAACCCCGUGGCCUACCAGCAGCUGUUGUCCCAGCAGAGGGGUCUCAACGCCUUCGGCCACACACCUCCCCUAAUUCAACCGUCGCCUUCCUCUUUUUCUGCUCGCCAGCAUCCCCUGACCGCCUCGUCGAUGUCCACCUCCCACAACAGCUCCAACUCAGAGGCUAACCAGAAUGCUGGUGGAGACCCAGCGGUGAGCAGCACAGUCAACCCUUUGACCACCAAAAGGUCAAAGGUCAAGACAGAGGCAGAAGGCCCGUUACCCAUCUCACCAUCCUCACAGGAUCAUGGUGGAGGAAUCUUGGACUUGAGUGAGGAUCUGGAUAAAGAUGAGUGCAAACAGGAACCUGAGGCCAUAUAUGAGACCAACUGCCAUUGGGAGGGCUGCACCAAGGAGUACGACACCCAGGACCAACUCGUCCAUCACAUUAACAACGACCACAUCCAUGGUGAGAAGAAGGAGUUUGUGUGUCGCUGGGAGGAGUGUUCGCGGGAACAGAAGCCCUUCAAGGCCCAGUACAUGCUGGUGGUUCACAUGAGGAGACACACAGGGGAGAAGCCGCACAAAUGCACAUUUGAAGGUUGCUCAAAAGCUUACUCUCGUCUGGAGAACCUCAAGACCCACCUCAGGUCCCACACUGGGGAGAAGCCCUAUGUGUGUGAACAUGAAGGCUGCAACAAGGCCUUCUCCAACGCCUCGGACCGGGCCAAGCACCAGAACCGCACACAUUCUAAUGAGAAACCAUAUGUGUGUAAGAUCCCGGGCUGUACCAAGCGCUACACUGACCCCAGCUCACUCAGGAAGCACGUCAAGACGGUCCACGGACCUGAAGCCCACGUCACCAAGAAACAACGAAGCGACGCACCUCCGAGGCUACAGCCGCCCAAAGGUAACGGCGAGAACGAGGCGAAUUCCAAGCACGGCGCGAGAGGCGUGGACGGCAAGAUUGAGGCCAACAGCACUUCGAGAGGAGUCGAAGACUGUUUACAAGUUAAAUCUAUCAAGACGGAGAACUCUAUGACAUAUCAGUCCAGUCCUGGCGGCCACUCGUCAUGUAGCAGUGAGCCGUCACCUCUCAGCAGCGCCAACAACAAUGACAGUGGAGUAGAGAUGGCCAUGCACAGCGGGGGCAGCUUCGGGGACCUCAGUGCUCAGGACGAGUGCCCCAUGGUUGAUUCCACUGUUUCUGCUGGGGGCCAGCAGGCUGGGGUGGGGCUCCAGUUGAGGAAAGCCGUAACUCACGGCGGCACCGUUACCAUUAAGUUGGAGAACAUCAAGAAGGAAAGGCUGAAGACAGUGAGGGACUCCUGCCCAUGGGUCAACUCUGCACCACAGCCACUGCAGGGCCAACACAAUAGCACCAAGCUGCCUCCCAUACCUGCAGUUGGUUCCCUGCUGGAGACUUCCAACAUGAGUAACCUAAGUGGCUUGUAUCCUGGCCAACGCCUCGGUGACCCGUCUUCAUAUGAAGUAACACUGCUGAACCAGCUGAACGAAAGGCGUGAUAGUACCACCAGCACCAUCAGCUCAGCAUACACCUUGAGUCGGCGUUCCUCUGGUAUCUCGCCAUGCUAUUCCAGCCGGCGCUCCAGUGAAGCGUCCCAGUUUGGUGGUAACCGCCACAAUAACAUCAGUUCAGCUGACUCUUAUGAUCCAAUUUCCACGGAUCUGUCUCGCCGAUCGAGUGAGGCCAGCCAGUGUGGUGGCGGUGUUGGUGGAGGAGGCGGAGGAGGUCUUCCAAGCUUGCUCAGUCUUACACCGGCUCAACAUUAUCGACUCAAGGCUAAGUAUGCCGCUGCCAUAGGUGGAGCUCCUCCUACUCCUCUCCCUAACAUGGAUCGAAUGAGCUUAAGAACCCGCAUGGCUCUGUACAAUGACUCCCAGGAGGGCUUGUCCCACCCACUUCAGCAGCCGGCCUCUGGAUCUGUACCCAGGCGAUGCAGUGACAUUGGGUAUGGCAGCCAGAGCAUGAUGCCUCAUGAAGUACCCAACAACCUUCCACGUCGUGCCAGUGACCCAGUGCGUCGACCUGUGGUGGACCCUCUCUCUUUCCCAAGGGUCCAGCGUUUUAACAGUAUGAACAACAUGAACCCAGUGAAUGGUCUUUCAGCAGCAGAGCGCAACCAGACUCUAGCCAUGCAGGGCUACACUCGCUCAGAUGGCAGCUUGCAGCGAUACCCAUUUGCACCAAGGCCACCUAGCAUCUCUGAGAAUGUGGCCAUGGAGAACAUGGCAGUUGAUGGUGUUAUGAUUGGGGGGGAGCAAACUACAGACGAUGACAUUGUGCUUCCGGAUGAUAUGGUCCAGUACCUCAGGUCCCAGAAUUCUGGCCCUUCAGCCCACAACUCGGGGCAAGUGAACUACCACCCCAACAACCAGUCUCAGGGCUACCAGACAAGCAUGGCCCCACCAGCAUCACUUUAUGCACAGAGAAGGAUGGCAAUGGUGGAUGCCACAAUGACUCAGUCUGGUCAGGACAUGCAGUCCUGUCAUGUUGGUCCUGGAGGUUCUCAGCAGCCCUUCUCAGCACCAGCACACAACAUGAGCAAGAAUAACAUGCCUGUGCAGUGGAAUGAGGUUAGCUCGGGGACUGAGCUUACCAAACAACAGCAGCAUCCUCUCAGGGGGAACCUUACUGUUGUCCAGCAAAGGCACAACUUUAGUACCUUCCAGGCUGGUCAGGGUCUGAGCAGCAACCAGCAGGUGGUACCUAUGAGUCAGAAUAUGUCUAUGCAGGGAUAUGCAAACCACAACAGCCAGAGGCAGAUGAACAUCACCCAACAGCAGAGGCAAUGCAGCAAUGUGAACUUUAGUGAUCAAAUGAGUCCUCAGCAAGGAUUUGGCCAAGAAUCAAUCCCAAAUUCUUUAUCUGGGAGCACAAGCAUGAGACAGAACAGGAACGUUAUGGUACCUGCAGAACUGCCAAAUUACAGAGCAAGGACACAAGCUGAUGGGUAUUCUCAAGUGGAUCAGCAGCACAGUUACAACACUCUGUCCCAACAACAGCAGCAGCAGCAGCAGCAGCAGCAGAACAGUAUCCCUAAUGGAGGUAGAGGUAUGUUACAACCCAGGCCUCCCACAGAGCCCAAAUCCAUUGGCAGACAACACGCAGGAUCAAACAUGAUUCAACCAAAUCGGAUACCUCUGAAGACAUCUGAUUUGAGCCCAUGUCGUGGUAAUGACACCUCAGAGGCAAGCCCAAAGAGGCCCAGUGGGUCAGCAGCUCACAACUCUGAGAAUCCCACCUCUGCUGUCUUUUACACCGGUCAGAUUCAUAUGUUUGAACCUGCCAGCUUCGACACCCCAAUGUCCCCCUGUGCCAGUCAAGCUCCUGCCAAUAACACAGCUGCUGCAACAAACAUGGCCUCACCAGGAGUCAACCAGGUUUCCAGCAGCACGGUGGAUUCUUCAACUGGUGGAUCUGGUCCAGUAGAGCACGUCCAGAUCGACUUUGACACAAUGCUUGAUGAUGGGGACCAUUCUAGCCUCAUGUCAGGCACUCUGAGUCCUGGUCUUCUGCAGAGCCUUUCUCAGAAUUCGUCACGUCUCACCACCCCCCGCAACUCUGUCACCCUCGCUUCUGUACCUACAGGAAUCGGCAACAUGGCCAUUGGUGACAUGAACUCCAUGCUCACAGCUUUGGCUGAAGAAAGCAAGUUUCUCAACAUGAUAAGCUGAGAGCAAUCAAAAACCUCAUCAUCCAUCCAGUCUUAACUAGUUCUACAUCAGGAAUAUACGGAUUACACAAGAAAGCACUGAUUGAACAAUGCUGAAAUGGCGAUUACAUAAUCUUUUUUCAUUGUCAAUAGAAAUAUGCUUAUCUUGUAAUAUGUACUUCAGAUUAUACUAUGUUACAGUGAAAAGUUAAUAGUAAGAAUAGCUAGGGUUAAGGACCAUUUUCUAUCAUCAUUUGUUAAAAAGCCAUACUUUUUAGCUACAAAUAUAUGAUAGCCCAGGGUAUAUAAAUGCAUCUACAAAUAAUUCCCAUUCAGUAUUUGCUGGCAUGAUAGCCCUUUACAAAGUGGUGCACUGAAAGCAGUUCACAUAGUGCCUUGCUGAGGACGUCAAGGUCGACCAUCUGAGUACAACAUGAAAACACAACAACCAGGAAGUGGACACGAUGUGUAGUUAACAGAUAUUUUCUCAUGAAGACCUUACCUUUAUGUUUAUAGAUUAUACUGUAUGGUACUUUCUUUAAGUUAUGAUAUUGACUUUUGAUGGUUAAACUAGGGCUGUUGAAGCUAAACACAAACAUUUAAUCCAAGGAGGACACUUAGCUUUUUAUUUAAAAAAGGUCAUGUCACUCACAUAUUCCUGAUCAUAUUGAUUUUUCCUUUUUUGUUACUUUUUAGCUUUUUACACAUCGUGGGAAGUUAUAUGAAGAGGUACCAUUUCAUAUUUCUUUGUACAAGUUAAAUAAUAAUAUUUAACAUACAUGAUAAUAGAUUUCCCGUUCCACCGCGUAAAGGACAGUGUUCAGCUAUAUGAAAAAACAUUUUGAUGACAUAAUUUUACAUUGUCAUUUUUUAACAUGUUGACUUCAGCUUUUUCUGCUCAUUUUAAACACACCAUGAAGUUAAAUUGAAAAUACAGUUCAUCAACUUCAACAAGAAAUAUGUGAGUAAUUGCAGUUACUAAAAUGACGCAGUGACAGCCCUAGUUUAACCAUGUGGUUGUACAGCAUUAUGAUCCACAGAUAUUAAGUGCUUUUUGAUCAUGGCCUGAGCUCUCGGGGAUAGCAGCAUUAAAUCAGAUUUCCUUCUUUGCCCUCUGGAUCAGAGGCAUCAACUCUCCGUGGUCCCAUCUCACAAGGGUAAAUGAUUGAAAAGGACAAGGAUAUGCUUCUGUGUUAGUCUAUCAAGGCACACUGAGCCUUGUGUCUGAUGAAGAGCAUUCUCUAAAAGAAUAUACAAGUACCUCUGUGUGUUCUCAGUAGAGAUCCAGCCCUAAUUACCACAUUCAUACCACCCCCCACCCCACCCCCUUUGCUUUACCCCAUACCUCCCCUGGGCUCUGGAUGAACUGCAUAGAGUCCAGUAGUAAGUGACUUUGAUAAUGAAAUCCUGUUUUGGACAGGAUUGGAGAACAAACCCCUCAAAUUCCUCAGUUUUAUUAUGUUUGCUGAAUUUUUAAGUAGCCUUUAAAAUGUUUGUGUGUAUGCUACCAUCCACUUUUACUACACUCAAUGUGUGUGGGUUUGUGUGAGUGUGUAUAUAGCUUUUGUACAUUUCAAAUAAACUAUCUCCCCCUUUUCUUUUAAAUCUCA